AAGGGGAGUAGCUGCGGCGAGAGGGACGAUCUCGGUUUAGGGGAGUCGAGAGGGAGGGGUCGUGGAAUAAUGGCGGGGAUCGCUCUCUUGCUCGAUUUCUUGAAGAGGAAUCCGAGUUUGUCCACUCAAUCCCUCCACUCCUAUAGCUUGUUCUCGGCCACUGUCGCCGCGUCGGCCGCGGCGGCUUCCGUCGCCGCCGGGAAGCCUUUUGCCUCUCGGGCGAUCUUUGGUGACUGUGAUCUUCCAAUUGCUUAUUGUGAUGCUGGUGCAAGUGCAACAUGGGAUGCGGAGUACAUUCCUAAUGUCCGAAGUGUUUCUGAAAAUAUUUUACCCAUCUCAUUCAAGUACAGAACAAAGGAAUAUCCUCUAGAGCUGAAACCUCUGUUUUCAGCCUUUGGUUUUAGGUCUCUCACAAUAACAUCGUUGAGGUCCUUUUUGUUGUUCUAUUUGCCUCUUUUGGAACCUCGCCCUCCCGUGGAAGAGAAUGAUGAUUUUCUGCAUGAGGCUCCAGAGGAAAAGCCUGUAGAUUUGGUCACUCCUUUUCGGAACUCGGUGAAACAAAUUAUCCGUGAGACAUCUGUUGUAACAAUAAGGCGGGUGCUGGAAAGAUUGGCUGUCCAUCAUGUUUCACAAAGAAUGGCAUGGAAACUUCUUAAAGAUGUUCCUAAGUCAGCCAAACGCAAAGCUGCAAGGGGUAUGCCAACUCUGUCGUUUUUAUAUAGUGUCAGCGGAACAACCUUCAGAGGACAUUUGUUGGGUGUAGCUGCAUCAUGGAUUGUCCAAGUGGUUAUUGAGAUCUACAGAUGCUUUUUCCGUAAGAAUAUCAAUGGUGAUGAAGAUAUUAGCAUCAAUGAAAAGAUCAGGCUUUUCAGGAGAAAGUUGUAUGGGACAACUGUAAAGUGCAGCGCGUCAUUAGUUUUUGCAUCUGUUGGAGCAGGCAUUGGAGCUCUUUUUAAUCCUUCAACCGGCCAGUGGAUUGGUUGUGCUCUUGGAGACUUUUCUGGGCCUAUCAUUGCCAUAGUUUGUUUCGAGAAACUUCAUUUGCAAAUUUGAGAAUGCGGCAGCAAAGGUAUUUUGCUAAAAUCUGGCACCUUUUGUCUCUUCUUUGCCAGACAAAUCUUUCAGCACUUUCUUCCUCCAAGAAUUUGUCAGUAAACCAGAUGCUGAUCGGUAACAAAUCGCACCUAGUUAAAUAAUUUUUUCCCCACAUUAUUUGGUUAGUCUAGUUCAUACUUUAUGCAUACUUGAAAAUGCAUUGAAUAGCCAUCCGGAUUGGACUAAGAAUGUUUGUAGAGCAAGCAAUUGUUCCAAAAUCCAGGAGGUGUUCUGACUGAUGAUGUUUGACCAAUAAUGAGCCAAUUGUUCUUCUUCUUCUUCUUCUUCUGUUUCUUCUAUACAAUUGUUUUCUUAACUACGAAUCUGCUGUAUAUUAAGUUUCAUUACACGUCGAUGAUAUCAUCGGUUUCCAUCAUUCCAGCUA